AAAGGCUUUAUAAAGCCCAGAUACAGAUCCCCACCUUCACUCUCUCUGCUCCCUAUUACUGUUUGUCUAGAAAUCUCCACCAUAUCAAACACACAACUUUACCCUUUCACCCUCUCCACUCUCUCCCUCACUCAUCUUGAUCACAUUUUCAACCCAAUCUCACAAAAGCUGCUUAAUUUCACAUAUUGUCCCUCAAAAUCUUGUAGCAAUCAUGGCUGUUUUAGUGUUCUUGGUGCUUCUCUUGUCCCUUACUGGUCAUUCAAGUGCCAGUUAUUGCUUGUGUAAAGAUGGGGUGGGCGACCAAGCUCUUCAGAAGGCCAUAGAUUAUGCUUGUGGUGCUGGGGCUGACUGUACACAAAUCCUUCAAAAUGGUCCAUGUUAUCAACCAAACACUGUGAAAGAUCACUGCAACUAUGCUGUUAACAGCUAUUAUCAAAGAAAGGGUCAGGCUACUGGAAGCUGUGAUUUUUCAGGAUCUGCAACUGUUAGUGCCAAUCCUCCCACUACUGCUGCUUCUGGUUGUUCAUAUCCCUCGAGUGCAAGCAACACUGGGACAGGCACUUCAACCCCAACCACCUCAGGCACAACUCCGCCAACAUCAACUACACCGACAACAGGCACAACUCCGUCAACAUCAACUACGCCGACAACAGGCACAACUACUACUCCUUCAGUGUUUGGCACUGGAACCACUGGACUUGGACCCACUGGCAGUAGUGGCACUAGCAUCACUGACUCUAACGGUGGGGUGGCUCUCUUUUCAGGAGCUCACUUGUGCAUCUCUUUGAGUAUAUGGAUUUAUGCCUUAUGCCUCGUGUGGGGCUGAGCUUCUGAGAAGGUACUAUCUAGGGAAAAAGUGGGGUGGGGUUUGUGAUGUGCGGAGCAGAUUUUGUCAUCGGGAGGCAAACCCCACAACUUUACUAGUUCUAUCACUCUAUCCUUCUGUAAUCUUCCUCCUCUUGUGUAAUCUCUCUUUAAGACUUUUUCCUAAAGGUCUAAAGCUGGGAAUUGGAUUCCCUUUUGGAUGGGUGGUGGUGUUGAGUGGUGACAGAUGACCACUAUUGGGGAACUUUUCCUACUGUA